AUGCACUGGAAUCACUUGAAUCCACUGGACUCCAGUGGAAUCCAGUGGACUAUGACUGGACUUGUAGUCCACUGGACUGGGACUGGACUCAGGAAAGUGGCUUGUAGUCCACCAACUUGGCCUAGCAACUGGGCCACUGGAAUCCACUGGACUCCACUGGACUCCACUGGAAUCCACAUGGAUUAUGUGGGGGAUGGUAAAGACCUCCCUCGCGUCUGUUACAUGAGAUAUGGAGGUAUGCCUUUGGCUGCGAAAGCCGAAAUCAUGCAAUCGGAAUACAAAAACUCAAGGCAAGUUCUCUCAAUUCUUUCACCAGAAGUCCUUCGGUUUUUGGAUCUUGAAGCUCAGGUAUCCAAGGUGGAAACAGAUGAUCAGAUUGGCAGCGAUGAAGUGGACUGGGCAUUGUGCAAGCCAACUUGGCCUAGCAACUGGGCCACUGGAAUCCACUGGACUCCACUGGAAUCCACUGGAAUCCACAUGGAUUACAUGGGGGAUGGUAAAGACCUCUGUUGA